CUGGCAACCAGACGCUGUAGGCCCUCCACCACCACCACACUGUGUACUCUGUAGUUUAAACAUUUACACACACAUACACACACACACACACACACACACACUCCCUUACACCUGACACAGACCUUCCCACACACUCGUCAUACAUCUCUGAGGCUCCAGGUCUGUAGUUGAUGAAGGUGAGGGGAGAGAAGAAUGGGACCUCGCACAGCAGUCGGACCAUCCAAACAGGAGAAGGUCGCCCCUCAGUAUCGUCAUGGUAGCAGGAGUGACGGGUAUUACAAUGAUUCUCCUGUGCUCAAUAACCCAAAGUCAGUAUUGAAGAGGCAGGUGAGUCCAGAAGAGCUGCAGACUCCUGGAGGGAAGUACCUAAAGAGGACAUUCACCAUCGUUGGGGAUGCUGUGGGCUGGGGGUUUGUUGUGAGAGGCAGUAGUCCAUGUCACAUUCAGGCUGUUGAUCCAAGCGGACCAGCUGCUGCUGUUGGAAUGAAGGUGGGAAACACUGAAAUGUGGAAAAUGUAAACAGGUAUGUCAGUUUGUAGUGUGUGUAAAUGGAGUGAAUGUUUUGGAGAUGGACUAUCGGACAGUCAGUCAUCUCAUCCUCACCGGGCCUCGCACUGUUGUCAUGGAGGUGAUGGAGCCACUCAACUGCUGAGGAUACGACUAAAGAAGCUACUCUAAUAAUUCAAAUAAGAAUUCAAAAAGAAUUGAAAAAAACUAAAAUACUGUGAGCUGCAUAACAUACAAGGUGAUGAUUUGUACCUUGGUGCAUCAGUCUGGUCAAAAAGAAACGAAGGUAUAAAUUGUGACAGUACCCAUAUUUCUAAAGAGCAACCCCUUUUGCUGUCUGGAAAACAGCUCAGAUGCAGAGUGAAAUAUUUGACCUCAACACUAUCUAUUGGAAGGCAAAGAAGCCAAAACUUAAAAAUAUUUAGAUAGUGAGUUUCUAAAAUGAUAAAAUGGUAACUUAUACUGUGAGAUCCAAAGAAUAGUUCUCAGUUAUAAGAUUUUAGAUGUUAGCUGAUCUUUUGUAAACAGACCUUAAAUACAGUGAGGGGAAAUAAGUAUUCAGAUACUUUUUAAUAUAUAUAUUGUUAUUUAAUAUACUUCCAGUGCAUCUUUCCUCUUCAAAUGUACACGCAUAAUGUCUUUUGUCUUUUUACUUAUAAAUAUGAACAAAACCAUAUGUAUUCAUAAGCAUAAAACAAAUAUAUCUUUAAAAAAUUGAUAGGGGAAAAUGUAUUCGGAUACUAUAUAAAAUACAAAUAUAUGUUAGACAAAAAGUAAUCAAAUUUACGAUGCAAAAAAAAAGUCUUUGAGCAAAUUGCACCCGGUGACAUUAUUAUAAAAUAAUAAUGUUGCCAUUGGUUGGGAAGAUUUACGCAACAAGUAGCAGUCAUAGUGAAGGUGAAGAAGCUUCCUAAAGUUCUCAGGUACAACAUCAUUAAACAUCACUCAAAUGGAAAUGGCUCCAGAGCCAUUGCAAAGAACUUAAACAUCCCUGUCAGAACAAUUGUUUUGAUCACAUGUAGGUGGAAAGUUCAGGGAACCACAACUAAUCGUCCCUGGACAGGUGCGUCACACAAGAUUUCACAACAUACCCUCAGAAUAAUGAUAAGAAAGAUAAAAGAGAAGCCAGCAGUCACUGGAAAAGAGUUGCAGGAGCAACAGCAACAGCAGGAGCAACAGUUACACACAGAAUAACAAGCAAUGAACUGCACCACAAUCAUCUUCGUACCGACACCUCACACAAAACUUCUCUGCUAAAAAAGAAGCACAUAGAUGUGCAUCUAAAAGCAUUUACACAAAUCAGAACUAUUUUGGAAUAAUAUACUCUCACAUACAAAAAGAACUCUUUGCCAAUAAUCAGAUCAUCAUGUGAGAAGGAAGGGUUACGCCUGAUCCUUAAGAACACCAUAUUCACAGUGAAGCACGGGGGUGGGAGCAUCAUGAUAUGGGGCUGCUUCUCUGCAAAUGGUAUUACGGGGCAUUACAUGUCAUGAUUGCCAGAAACAUGAAUGGAGCGAUGUACUGAGACGUACAAGAGGAGAAUUUAAUCUCAUCAGCUAAGAAAGUGAAUCUGGGGUGAAGAUGGAUGGUUCAAUAAAACAACACCCCCAAACAUACAGCACAUAAUAACUCACAUAAAAAAGAAAGUGAAGGUGCUUGCAAGGACUAGCUUUAUCUCCUGACAUUAUUUAUGGAGGAUUUUGAUACUGAAGAUAAAUUGCCAAGAGGAAUGGGCCAAAAUUGUACCACAAUGCUGCAAAAAGAGAAUUAAUUCUUACUGUAGAUGCCUCGAAGCUAAUUAGUACAAAGUACUAAUGUUGAUCAUUUGUGGUGUCUAAAUGCAUUUUUACCUAUCAAAAGACAUUAUGUGUCUAAAUUAGAAGUGGAUAUAUACAUUGCAAGUAUAUUAAAUAAGAAAAGCAAGUGGCUAAAUAUUUAUUUCCCCUCACUAUAUUAGCAGAUAUUGAUUAGUAGAUCUCAGUUUUCAGUAGAAGUUAUCAGUACAGAUUUUAGUUAUUGAUUAUUUCAGAUAUUGAUUUGUUGAGCGCCAUUUUCUCAGCAGUUCUUAUUUAGCAAUUCGAUGUGUAAAACCUAAAAUUAAACUACCAUAGACAUAAUCAUAAAAAAAUAUAGACACAAGUCACAAGAGCCCUAAUGUUAGAGUGGGAUAAGGUGUGACUACACUUAGAGCUGCUGUUACAGAAAAUUUAUCAAAAACAAAACAGAAUUUAACAGUGCUGUGGUAUAAUGGCUCAUAAAAAUAUACACCUUUAAAGCACCCUUAAUAUUUAUUAUGAACAUUUUUAAAUAACAUAAAUUAGUGAUUGCUUUAAUUUAUUUCUAAUUAUAAGUAUCUUAUUAUAAGUACAAACUAUAUAAUGUAAAUUAUACACUAAACAUAAUUACAAUGAUUUAUUUUGUAAAAUUUAAUUCCAAACUUAAUUAUAUUUAAGUGACUUAAUUCACUAUAAAUACAAGCGCCGAGGAAAGUAUUACCCAAAAUAUAUUGCUUUAUAAUUAUUCUAAUUAUCUGAACUACAUUCAUCGCUUUUACUAGACAAUGAGUUUUUACUUUAAUAGACGUUUAAUAAUGACGAUUAUUGUAAAUUAACAUACUAAAUGUACCUCUGUCUCUCUGUUACAAGUCUAAAUAUGAUUCAUUAUUGUGCAUGUACACACUGUAAUUAUUUAAACGACGUGUUCUGUGUGUUAUGUGUGUUAUGGUAGAGCACUUGCCUGUGACUGUGUGUUUCUGGCAUACAAUCUCAUUGCUUAACUUAGUAAAAGAUAUUUAUCUUUUAACAUGGCUGAUACAUAUCUGGUUAAUUGGUUUAUACUUUUUUAGUUUUCUUUUAUGCUUAUAUGUCUUUGCCCAUGUGUGCACUUCAAAUAAAUUUCUAUACACGCAA